AUGUCGAAUUUGUCAAAGCUUGAGUUUGUGGCACUUGACAUUUCUGGAAAGAAUUAUCUAUCAUGGGUUCUUGAUGCUGAGAUUCACUUAGCCGCUAAAGGCCUUGGUGACACCAUUACUCAUGUGAAGGAUCCACUUGAAUUGUGGACUGGCCUGAAGAAAAGGUAUGAUCACCUUAAGGCUACGGUAUUGCCAAGGGCUCGAUAUGAGUGGAUGCACUUACGGUUGCAAGAUUUUAAGACCCAAUACUAUGAAAGGAGAUUUAAACAGUAUUCUGAAUUGAUCUCAUGUCUUCUGGUGGCUGAGCAACAUAAUACCCUUUUGCUGAAAAAUCAUGAAGCCCGUCCCACAGGGUCAACUCCACUUCCUGAAGUGAAUAUGGUAGCGAGACGUGAUAAGUCUGGAAAAAGACAGAAUAAUUAUCACGGUCAUAUGAAUGUACGUGAGCUUGGCAAUGGCAAGAGACAAUAUAAUAAUUGUCAUCGUGGUGGUUAUGGCAAAUGA